GAUCUUGAGGAGCUUCCCCAGCUGCACGAGCCGUUUAUCCAACAGUAUCUCAAGGGGCGGGAGGCACUGAUCCAGGAAGAAAAGAGGCAACGACAUGAUUUCAAUCUGCGAAAAUCGCUUUCCCCUCUAGCUAGACAGGCAUGCGGGAUUGUCUCGCGCAUCCGAAGCCGCGAGUUGACCCGCGUCUGGUCGAAGGAGGUGGACAACGAAGACGCCGCGCACCAGGCCGACGAGAUCCUGUAUCCCGGGGUGAUGUUCCAUCUGGCCAAGGGGAGGAUGGAAGGGACGGAUCUGUGGAAGAUUGUGCAUCGGAUGCCCAAGGGGUCGUUGUUGCACGCGCACAUGGACGCCAUGUUCGACAUUGACUUUCUCGUCGAGCAGGCUCUGGCGACUUCGGGGAUUCAUAUCUCGGCGUCGAACCCACUGCUUACAUCCAAAGAUCUCGAGGAAGAGCCCGUCUCGUUUCGGUUUUCGGCGAAGCCCAAGACGGAAUCCAAGGGGAAACCAUCGCUCUGGGAGGAAGGCUACGAAGCUGCUUCGCUGGUCGAUAUCAAGGUCGCGGCGGCUGCGUUCCCGCAGGGAGGCGAAGAUGGGUUCCGCAACUGGCUGCGCAGCCGGUGCGUCAUCUCGCCGGAGCACUCGUUCUACCAUCAUCACGGGGUUGAUGCCAUCUGGGCCAUCUUCCAGCGUGCGUUCCCCGUUAUCGACAGCAUCCUGUUCUACGAGCCGAUCUUCCGCGCGUGUCUGCGCCGGCUGUUCGUGCAGCUCGCCGCCGACGGGGUUCGGUACGUCGAGUUCCGGAUCGGCUUUGGGCUCGGGUUCCGUCGCGAGGGCCACGAGGAGAGCGAGCCGGAUCAUCUCUUCGCCUGCCAGGUGUUUCAGGAGGAGGUGGAGCGCUUCCAGGCGACCGAAGAGGGGCGCAAUUUUUACGGGGCGCGGAUUAUUUAUUCCAUCCUUCGCAGAUUCAAGGACGACCAGAUUGUCGACUUCAUGAAGAAGUGCAUCCAGGCGAAGCAGGCCUUUCCCGACGUGAUCUGUGGGAUCGAUUUUGUCGGACAGGAGGACCAGGGCCGCCCGCUAGUCGACCUGGUGCCCGUGCUGUUCUGGUUUCGCAAACGGUGCGUCGAGGAAGGCGUCGAGAUCCCGUUUUUCUUCCACGCAGGCGAGUGCCUAGGUGACGGCGACGCAACGGACCAGAACCUGUUCGACGCCAUCCUGCUGGGCACCCGGCGGAUCGGCCACGGGUUCUCGCUCUACAAGCACCCGUUGCUCACGGACCUUGUCAAAGAGAAGAAGAUCCUCGUCGAGUGCUGUCCCAUCUCCAACGAGAUCCUGCGUCUCACUAGCUCGAUUAAAGCGCAUCCCUUGCCUGCCUUGCUGGCCCGCGGGGUCGCCGUCUCUCUGUGCAACGACGAUCCCGCCAUCCUCGGCCACGGCAAGAACGGCCUUACCCACGACUUCUGGCAGUCGCUCCAGGGUCUCGAGAACCUCGGCCUUGAAGGCCUGGCCAUGAUGGUCGAGAACUCCAUCCGCUGGAGCUGCUAUGAGGACCAGUCCGCCGCCGAAUGGAAGGCCGACAUCCACGACGGUAUCCUGGGCGAGGGGGUCAAGGCCGUCCGCCUGCAGGAAUGGUAUGCCGAUUUCGAAGCGUUCUGCCAGUGGAUUGUUACAGAAUACGGCGACACGGCAGAUGAUUAAGAAACCCUUUCCCUUUCGAUUUUCGAUUUUUUUUUGUCUCUUUCUAGCGUAUCAGCUCAACGCAUAUACCCAUCCUUAUUUGCGGUGAAGUCGUGUCUGGCAGUAUCUUGACGCAUCUCAACAUGCAAUAUAUACGGAGUACUCCUGUUGCGAAAUAUAAAGUCACCUAUAGCAUAGUAUAUUAUAGAAAACUAUACAAAAAAAAAUUC